UGCAGUCCGGAGCUGGAGUGAAGACGGUGGUCUCCGAGCUGUGUGCCACAGCCGUGCCCCGAAGUCUUGGGGCCAAUCGGAACAGCUACGGCCAUGCUGUGGGGCUCUGUCCUCUUGAAUUUCUUCCUAGCUUACCUGCCAGAGACACAAACCCGAUCACACUCUCUGCGGUAUUUCUACUCAGUUGUGUCUGAACCGGGUCCAGGAGUCCCUUCGUUUAUGGCUUCUGGCUUUGUGGACAACCAGCCCUUCAUUCGCUAUGACAGUGAAGAGAUGAAGGCAAAGUCUUGCGUUCAUUGGUUGAGGGAGGAGCCAAGUUACUUUGAUGAUGAGACCAAGAUCUUCACAAGUCGGAUGAAGAUUUUCCACUUAAAUCUGAGGAAUGUGCAGCAGUAUUACAACCAAACCAAGGAGGAUGGUCUGAACAGAGCACUGGCACAAAAGCAAACAAGUCCCCACACCCUCCAGUUCACCUACGGCUGUGAGCUCCUGGAGGAUGGCAGGACCACGUGGCACUGGCGGUAUGGCUAUGAUGGUGAGGACUACCUGAGCUUGCAUAUGGACCCUCUGCAAUACACAGCAGCCACAUUCAUUGCUCAAUACACCAAACAAAAAUGGGAGGCCGCUGGGAACUUCAUAGAGAGAGACAAGAACUACUUGGAGAAGGAGUGCAUCCUGUGGUUGUGGAGAUACUUGACGUUUGGAGGGGAGAGCUUGAACCGCACCGAGCCUCCCAAAACACACAUGACUCAUCACCGCAUCUCUGACCAUGAGGUCACCCUGAGGUGCUGGGCCCUGGGCUUCUACCCUGAGGAGAUCUCACUGACCUGGCAGCGCAAUGGGGAGGACCAGACCCAGGACAUGGAGCUUGUGGAGACCAGGCCUUCAGGAGACGGAACCUUCCAGAAGUGGGCGGCCCUGGUGGUACCUUCUGGAGAGGAGCAGAGAUACACAUGCCAUGUGCAGCACGAGGGGCUUCAGGAGCCCCUCACCCUGAGAUGGGAACCUCCGAAGACCUCCGUCCGCAUCAUAGGCAUCAUUGUUGUCCUGGUUCUCCUCAUGGUCACUGGAGCUGUGAUCUGGAUGAAGAAGCGCUCAGGGACUGAGUCAGCACAUUCGGGAACAAAAUUCUUGAUGCUUUUCUAAACGUACAUACAGGAACCACUGCUCUGCUGCUGGACACAGUUACCUUUGUUACAAUGACACCCCUGAUGCUGGACACUCAGCUGUGUGGCUAGAACUGCUGUCACUAUUGCUCUUGGCAACUGAACGUCACUCCUGCCACUCACCACCUUUGCCAAAUGGCGUGUGCACACACCCAGCAAAUAAGUGUCAUUAUGUCCAGAGUCACAACUCAGCACGUGUCUUAUGGCUAGAGUGCCUCAUCUUUCCCAGCUGUAUAUUUGGGGAAUUGAGUUUUCCUCUCUCAUAGAAGGAUGUAGUGUCUGUCUUUCAAGACACUUUCAUGUUGCAGCUGAUAUCACAGAAAUACAAAGGAGUAUGAAAGACGACUAUGAACGAUUAUACAGCAGACAAACUGGAGGAACUAGAAGAAGUGGGUAUACACAACCUACCGAGACAAAAUCAUGAAGAAACAGAACAGCCGAACAGAUCAAAAACAGGUAAGAAGACUGAAUCAAUAAUCAAAAACUUCCCAGCGCAUGGGAAAGCUGGACAGCUACAUGUAAAUCAGUGAAAUUAGAGCAUUCCCUCACAACAUAUGCAGAAAUAAAUUUAAAAUGGUUUAAAGAACUAAAUGCAAUACUUGACACCAUACGUCUCUUAGAAGAGACUGUAAGCAAAACAUACUUGGACAUAAAUCAUAGCAGUAUUUUCUCAGAUUAGUCUGUUCAGUUGUUCAGUUGUGUCCGACUCUUUGCGACCCCACGAACCACAGCACACUGAGCUUCCCUGUCCAUCGCCACCUCCCGGAGUUUACCCAAACUCAUGUCCAUUGAGUAGGUGAUGCCAUCCAACCAUCUCAUCCUCUGUCAUCCCCUUCUCCUCCUGCCCUCAAUCUUUUGCAGCAUCAGAGUCUUUUCAAAUGAGUCAGCUCUUCGAAUCAGGUGGCCAAAAUAUUGGAGUUUCAGCUUCAACAUCAGUCCUUCCAAUGAACACCUAGGAUUGAUCUCCUUUAGGAUGGACUGGUUGGAUCUCACUGGAGUCCAAAGGACUCUCAAGAGUCUUCUCCAACACCACGGUUCAAAAGCACCAAUUCUUUGGCACUCAGCUUUCUCACAUCCAUACAUGACCACUGGAAAAACCAUAGCCUUGACUAGACAGACCUUUGUUGGCAAAGUAAUGUCUCUGCUUUUAAAUGUGCUGUCUAGGUUGAUCAUAACUUUCCUUCCAGGGAGUAAGUGUCUUUUAAUUUCAUGGCUGCAAUCACCAUCUGCAGUGAUUUUGUGGGACCUAAUCAAACUUAAAAGCUUUUGGAUAGCAAAGGAAACCAUCAAUGAAAUGAAAAAUGUAGCCUGCAGAGUGGGAGAAAAUAUUUGCAAAGGAUGUGAUUGAGAAGAAGUUAAUAUACAAAAUAUACAAACAACUCAUACAACUCAAUAUCUUAAAACAAAUUCCCAACCAAAAAAUAGGCAGAAGACAUUUCUCCAAAGAAGACAUACAGGCUUCCCUGGUUGUCCAGCAGUUAAGAAUCUGCCUUGCAACAUGGGGGCCGCCUGUUCGAUCUGCGGUCCAAGAUGAUCCCAGAUGCCACGGAACAAGUAAGCCAGCGUGCUGCAACUACUGAGCCCAUGCAGCCUGGAGCCUGUGCUCCACAGCAAGAGGAGCCACUGCAAUGAGGCGCCCAAGCACCGCGACUGGAGAGUAGCCCUCACUCUGCUGCUAGAGAAAGGCUUUGUGCAGCAACCCAGGAGAGCUCUGGGGUUCUCCAGGGGGAAAUGGCGAACUUUUUUUUCUCUACAUUCUUUAGUCUUAGUCACAUAAAACGGCUUUUUCUUUAAGCCCUGAACUAAUGAUUACACAACAAACAACUCAGUUUAAACGCUGUGCUAAGUCGCUUCAGUCAUGUCCGACUCUGUGCGACCCCAUAGAUAGCAGCCAACCAGGCUCCCCCAUCCCCGGGAUUCUCCAGGCAAGAACAGUGGAGUGGGUUGCCAUUUCCUUCUCCAAUGCAUGAAAGUGAAAGGUGAAAGUGAAGUCUCUCAGUCAUGUCCGACUCUUAGCAACCCCAUGCCUUCUCCGUUAAACGCUGUACUAGGGAUUAUGUAACAACAGUGUAUCCUGCUUGAGGACAGUUUCUCCUUCCUGAAAACCUUCUGACUAAUCCUGAUAUCUUAGAAUGUACAUUAUGGGAGGGGGUCUGGUAGGAUCUUUCUAUUAUUAAGUUCUAAUCCUGUUAUCCUAAAAUGUAAAUUGUUGGAGUGGGUCUGGUAAAAUUUUUACAAGCUUGAGACAUUCUUUUGAUUUAUUGUAAUAACUAAUUUAAAAAGUAUAUAAUUCCCUUGCUAACACUAGUGAGGGGGGCCACUCUGCCAGCCUUCUGAUGUCUCUGUCAGAAGCUUUCUCUGCCCCUUUUCACUGUAACAAAACUUCUGCCACACAAGAGCCCCGAGUGGUCAAGCUUGGUCCCUGCUCCCGAAGUUGAAUCUUUGGAGAUCACAAAUCCGACAUCGUUCACCAUAAGCUAUCACAAGCACAAGGUUGAAAAAUCUCAAAUAAUAAAAAGUGUAUAGGGUGAAAAGUAAAUGUUUCUCCCCUAUCCAUCUACAGUUUUUCCAGAUUUUCUUCCUGGACCCAACCACUGUUGCUGGUUUCUAUAUGUUAUAGACAGAGAUUUCCCUUUUUAAUCAGGGGUCAUUUUACUAUAUGUUCUAUCUGUACCUUUGUUUUUCAAUUUAAAAUAUAUUCUGAAAAUAUUCCA